AUGUGUGUGGUGUGCUGGAGUGGGCCGGGGGAGGGGAUUUUAAAAGCUCCUUGGACGACGUUAAAUCUUAAGUUGAGAACUAUCAAAGACGCCCUGGUGAAGAGAAGGGGAAUCAAAGUGGCACCUCUGGAUACAGGGACUCAGAUGCAAGAUGGCAAGCGAUGGGGCCAGAGUGCAAGAUGGCAAGCGAUGGGGCCAGAGAGGCGAGUGGGAAGCAGGUACCGCGUGUUUCACAGCCAUGCUGAGGGUCUGGAUUUUGUCCUGAAGGCAGAGGGGAGCCAUGGGAGGCUGCAGGCCAGGAAGUGA